ACCUCACCGGAGCCUUAAUUUCAGACUGGAGCCUUUUGUUCCAGUACAAAUUUCUCAACUUCAAUUGCUUUUUCUUUUCCUCUUUUACCCAUAUAUUCUUCAGAUGCAUUCUUCAAGCUUUUCUGAUGUUUGGUUACCCUUCUUCUCCCAUUUCCCCUUCCCUUUGGGUUGCAAAUCAGUUUGGUCAAGGACCUCUUUCGGUUCCUCUUUCAUCCAACAUAAUCUGUCUUCAGCUAUAAAUAAAGAAGCACGCAAUUUACCAAAUUCGUCAACGAAGACAAAGUCCGAUUCACCGAAAGAAACAAUGGCAGAGCCUUACGUUGAACAAGUAGAGUAUCUCGACGUUCUCACUAAAAUCGGUAAAAAAAUCGGCGUUUCCAAGCCCAGGGGAGAUGUCCAUCGAGAUGGGGAUUACCAUAAAGCAGUCCAUGUCUGGAAUUUUGCCGAGAGGACACAAGAAUUACUUCUCCAAAAACGUGCAGACUGCAAGGACUCGUGGCCAGGGUUGUGGGAUAUCUCCAGUGCUGGCCAUAUAUCUGCUGGUGACUCAUCGCUAAUAACAACACAGUACAAAGAGAACAAUGAAGCACGCUUGAUCUAAUACUAC